CUUCCGUAUGCACGCCGCACUACAGCCGCCAAGCAGUGCGCUCGCAGGCGGCGCGGACGUGCGCAUGCAAAUGGCGCCGGCUGCGAGCACCCCUGCAGCGGCCGCCGCCGCGGUGGCGCUCCUCGUCCGUGCGGCGGAGACGCGUGCCGAGGAGAGCCACGCCGUCAUCGAGGCGCUGGUCGGGCUAGAGAAGACGAUGCGGGCCGAGGCCAAGGCGGACGCGAAGCUGGGCGGUGCGACGCUGGACGCUCUCGACGGCGCCUGGCGGCUUUGCUUCACGACGGGCACCGUGGACACGCAGAAGAAGAUUGGGAAGAUCAACUAUUUCCCGCUCAAGGCGGUCCAGACGUUUGACACCACCACCGAGCCGAUGGCCAUCACAAACGGCAUCUACGUCGGCGACGUCGCGCUGGUCCGAUUCUUCGGCCCGUUUGAGUUCAACGAGGGGACACGCAAGCUCACGUUCGACUUUGACGAGAUCUCGCUCCUCGGCCUGCGCAUCCCGCUGCCAAAGGGCGGCGCCGCCCAGAUCGGAGCGGCGUCCGGUUUGGGCUCGAAGUCUAAUGUCGCCCGCGCAAAGAGGGAGCUGCCUGCCUUCUUCAACUGGAUCUCGGCGAACGAGGACAUCGCGACGGCGCGCGGCGGCGGCGGCGGGCUUGCCCUCUGGCGACGCGACCUGGAAGCGCAGGAGAGGAUGAGGGAGUGAGUGUGCCGAGCGGGGCGCUGCUGGCGCUGCUAUGGGCCUGUCUGUCUGCUGCCUGUCUGUCUGUUGUCUGUGGUACGGGUG